AUGUCCAAAGUCAGUGAGGUUAAACAGGGCAAGGAUGAGUCCCCAGCUGCAUACUUAGAGCGCCUCUACGAGGCAUAUCGAACCUACACCCCUAUCGACCCAGAGGAUCCCAAUAACCGGAGAGCCAUCGUAAUUGAUUUCGUAGCCAAUUCAGCUCCGGACAUCCGUCGGAAGCUACAGAAACUUGAAGGUUUUGAGGGUAAAAAUCUGACUGAACUCAUGGAAGUGGCCAAGCGGGUGUUUGACUAUCGUGAAGAGACUCAAGACAAGCAAACUCACACGGUCGCCAGGGCGGGGUGCCCCGGCUCAAAGUCCGUUGUGACUCUUGACCCCCUGGAGCCGAGGGUUACUCUCAGUGUUGGGGGUCAACCUGUCUCAUUCCUAGUCGACUCUGGAGCUGCGGCAUCGGUCCUGAAAUCCCCACUGGGCUCCCUCUCAUCGUCCACUGUGCAGGUCCAGGGAGCUACUGGACGAAAACAGUCUGUACCCCUCACCACUUCUCGGGAAGUCCGGUUAGGGAAGGGCCUAGUCUCCCAUUCUUUUCUAGUAAUGCCUGAUUGCCCUUACCCCUUGCUUGGCCGAGAUCUCCUACACAAGCUUCAGGCUAUCAUUUCCUUUAAGGGACCUAACCCCACUCUCGGGUUUAACCUGCCACAACUUGUUCUCACCUGCCCGUUGUCAGAGGAGUCUCGCCUCCUCCCCCUAACGUUUUCCCCAGACCACCCCUCGACCACCUCCACCCCUACCUCCCUAACUCUGUUGAACCAUUUCAAAGGCUUGGUUCCUGGAGUCUGGGCUGAGACCAACCCGUUUGGUCUAGCAGGACACCAGCCCCCAGUGGUGGUCCAGCUCUCGUCCACAGCAACCCCUGCGCGUGUCCAACAAUACCCGUUGACUCGAGCUGCCCUUUUGGGCAUCAAGCCUCACAUCGAUCGACUCUUGGCGGCAGGCAUUCUACGACCCUGCCAGAGCUCGUGGAACACCCCCCUACUUCCAGUUCGCAAGCCCGGGUCUGGAGACUUCCGUCCUGUCCAGGAUCUACGAGAAGUCAACGCCCGGGUGGAAACUGUACAUCCUACUGUGCCAAACCCAUACACGUUGCUGUCUUCCCUGGACCCUGCUCGGACUUGGUAUACUGUUUUGGACCUGAAGGAUGCUUUCUUUUCCAUUCCCUUGGCACCAGUAAGCCAACCUAUAUUCGCUUUUACUUGGACAGAUCCUAACACUGGGACAUCCUCUCAGCUCACCUGGACCCGGCUUCCCCAAGGUUUUAAGAACUCCCCUACACUUUUUGGCUCAGCUCUGGCCUCCGACCUGGCCGUCUUCCGGGUCUCGUAUCCGGAGGUCACUCUCCUCCAGUAUGUUGAUGACCUUUUGUUAGCUACUUCCUCUGAGGCAAUAUGCAAAGAUGCAACUCUCCACCUUCUCCAGCUGCUUGAAGCUUCCGGAUAUCGUAUCUCUGGAAAGAAAGCACAACUGUGCUCUCAAUCCGUUGUUUACUUGGGUUUCACCCUUCGUUCUGGUCAAAGGUUACUGUCUCGGGGGCGUGUAGCUGCCAUUUUGGGCAUGCCCGCCCCGAGGGACCGCCGCGGGCUCCGGGAAUUCCUGGGGAUGGCUGGAUACUGUCGCCUCUGGAUCUUGGGGUUUGCCGAGGUUGCCAAACCCCUAUAUGAGGCCCUAACUGGUGAACCCACCCAAUUUGUUUGGGGACCACGGCAGCAGGAAGCAUUCGACAAGCUCCGAAAGGCGCUGUCCAGCACGCCUGCCCUCUCCCUGCCAGACCUGUCCAAGCCCUUCCGCCUCUAUGUGUCUGAGUCUCGAGCUGUGGCCAAAGGGGUUCUGACCCAGCCCCUGGGGCCCUGGAAUCGUCCUGUUGCCUAUCUCUCCAAGCAGCUGGACCCUGUGGCUUCCGGGUGGCCCUCUUGCCUGCGAACUGUGGCGGCCGUUGCCGUCUUGGUUAGGGAAGCCGCAAAGCUCACUUUCGGGCAGCCUCUUGAGAUUUCAGCAUCACAUCAUCUGGAACAGCUUUUACAUUCCCCGCCGACAAGAUGGAUCUCAAAUUCACGCCUGACUCAUUACCAAUCCUUACUCCUAGAUUCCGCGCGCAUCUCUUUCGCUCCUCCGGUCACACUCAACCCGGCCACCCUGCUCCCUGACUCCCCUCCUUCCUCCCCUAUACAUGACUGCCUGGACACACUGGACUCCAUCCACACGUCCCGCCCUGGACUUACUGAUGUUCCUUUAACAAACCCCGACCUAGUGCUCUUCACAGACGGCAGCAGUUUUGUUCAGGAGGGGAUCCGUAGGGCGGGUGCAGCCGUGGUCACUCCGGUUGAGACCCUCUGGGAUACCGCUCUACCCCCUGGCACAUCUGCUCAACGUGCUGAACUCAUUGCCUUAACUCAAGCCCUUAGACUCUCUGCAGGGAGGCGAGUAAAUAUUUACACAGAUAGCCGCUAUGCCUUUGCCACUGUUCAUAUCCAUGGAUAUGUAUAUCUCCAAAGGGGUCUGUUAACCUCGGCGGGAAGGGAGAUUAGGAACAAGAGUCAGAUCCAGGACCUGCUGGAUGCUGUCUGGCUUCCCAAGGAGGUGGCGGUAAUUCAUGUUCCUGCUCACACCCGUGGAACUGACCCCCAGUCUCUAGGGAACGCAGCAGCGGAUAAGGCUGCCCGAGCGGCUGCCUGCAAACCCUUGAUACCCGCUAUGGUCGUGGAACCUGAGCGGAUGCUUCCUGUCCAACCAUCUUAUCAAUCCAGUGAUCCGGAUGGCACCCCUGAAAAGGGGGGAUGGAGAAGACACCCAAAUGGCUUGCUAAUUCUGCCCAAGGCACUGUUGCUACCCCUAUUGAUGACUCUUCAUAGCCUUACCCACUUAGGCGGAACCCGGCUUUACGACCUGGUGAGCCGACACUUCUACAGCCCUGGGAUGAAGCAGGCGGCCGAGGAAGCCGCAAGAAGGUGCCUUGCAUGUGCCAAAGUCAACCCACGAUCACAAUCAAGGAUACCAACUGAUAGACCACGAGGAACAUUUCCUGGCGACCAUUGGGAAGUAGACUUUACUGACAUGGGAACUGGGUUGGGAGGGUACCGUUUUCUCCUUGUAUUCGUGGACACAUUUUCUGGAUGGCCGGAAGCAUUUCCAGUCAAAACUGAAACUGCAACCGUAGUGGCCAAAAAGCUGUUCUUUGAACUUAUUCCUAGAUUUGGCCUGCCGGCCUCGAUAGGCUCUGACAACGGCCCAGCAUUUGUAUCUGCAACAAUUCAAAGCCUAUCAAAGAUGCUGGGAUUGAAAUGGAAAUUGCACUGUGCAUAUAGGCCUCAAAGUUCAGGGCAGGUAGAAAGGAUGAAUAGAACUCUAAAGGAACACAUUGCUAAACUUAAAAUAGAAACUGGCGAUAGCUGGGUCAGUCUCCUUCCCUUCACCCUCCUCCGGGCCCGGUGUACUCCCAAUUCCUCAACCCUCUCUUUAUCUCCAUACGAGAUCCUCUAUGGAGCCCCUCCUCCUAUUAUUCCAAGAGUAUCUGCAGCUAUUUCAGCCCCAGAUUUUACUAAUCCGACUCUUCUUAAGUCCUUCCAGGCUUUGCGUGAGGUCCAGAACGCUGUACGCUCGGUCCUGAAAGCUGCGGGGAAAGAACCAGCCCCUGCAACCUCAUCAGACGCCCUGUCACCGGGAGACUGGGUCCUCACUCGCAAGCUUCCAGCUGGACCAGCCCUGGAACCACGGUGGACGGGCCCGUAUCAAAUUAUCCUCUGCAACCCCUCUGCCGUCAGGGUUGCCGGCCGCAAGGCAUGGAUACAUCGGUCACCCAUCAAGAAGGCCCCAGAGCCCAACUCCACCGCCUGGACAGCAGAAGCAGUGUGGAUUCUCUCCCGAACUAACGAUGGGACCACCGUCCAAGCUCUCACCAGUUACGGAGCCCCCACUUUCAGGUUUGACCUCUGUGCCCUCUUGGGACCAGGAUGGAAUCAAAACCGGGCUAUGCGGGACCCUAUCGCUGGGGGAUGGGGAUACUGCCCCACUUUUCCCACCACUCCAACCAUACCCGGGGUAGGGGAAGUGAGAAUCAGAAGUAUUGAAUUCUAUGUUUGUCCGGCCACGGGGAAUCCUUCCUGUCAGGGUAGUAAUCACUUUCACUGCGCAGAAUGGGGUUGUGAGACUGUGGCCAGGUGGAUUCCUAGAGGUGGCCGAGACCCCCUAAUCACCCUGGAGAGACAAAGCCCCCUCCCCGCCUCCUGCUGGCCUGGGAAAUGUAACCCUAUGAUUCUAACAGUCAAGCAGGACACUGAUGACUCUUGGAAUCUCGGACAUUCUUGGGGUUUGAGGUUAUACAUGACUGGAUGGGAUAACGGGGUCCUUUUUACCAUUCAGAAAAUCGCAGUUUCCACCCAUACACUCCCCAUAGGACCGAAUCCCAUCCUUAACCCACAAGCCAUGUUGACUCUCACCCCACCAUCUGUUAGGGACCUGGUACCAGAGGCUCCCGAAAAUCCAGAGACCCUCACUAACCUAGGAAUUGCUAUCGAACUCAACAUCACCUCUGUGGGAAAGUUGUCUUUAAGUAAGUCCAAACAAUCCUCUGCCAUACCUGCCCGCUGUAACCCAGACAAGCCUAGACUUACCCUAGACGAUGUCCAGGGCAAAGGAAUGUGUUUGCUCGGGCCUGACUACCCGCUGCGGUCCUCCCCAUUCAAUGCUACGUGCACUUCAGUCAUUCUUAUUUCCCCCACAUCCAAAAGCUCUGACCUCCUGUUAACCGCCCCACCUGGAGUAUGGUUCGCUUGUACCAGAGGACUCACCACCUGCAUACAGGACAUUCGUUUCCUCAACCCGACCGAGCUCUGUGUAGUGGUGCGUGUCUUUCCUCAGGUAUAUGUCUACUCAGAGGAAGGGGCAGCUGAGCAUAUUGGCUUAACUCGCUCCAGGAGGGCUGUACCCUUUUUGGUUCCCAUACUGGUGGGACUCGGAGUGGCCGGCUCCGCUGCUGUUGGGGCCUCAGCCCUGAUACAGGGGAAAGCCAACUACGGUGCCUUGAGUGCACAGGUAGAUAGGGACCUACGCUCCUUGGAAGAGCUAGUCUCACACCUUGAAACUUCCCUAGACUCUCUGGCCGAAGUGGUUCUCCAGAACCGCCGAGGCUUGGACCUACUGUUCCUCAAACAGGGAGGCUUAUGCAUGGCGUUGGGAGAAACCUGCUGUUUCUACGCCAAUCGGUCUGGAGUUAUUCGGGAGUCCUUGCAAGCCUUUAGGCAGCGGUUAGAUGAGAGGGACCGCGCACGGGCAACGGGGUCUUUUUGGUAUCAGACCCUAUAUAAUUGGUCCCCCUGGCUAACCACCCUACUCUCCGGAGUGGUGGGCCCUCUGGCCCUUCUCCUCCUUGGGUUACUCGUGGCCCCUUGUCUCAUAAAAUGCAUCACCCGCUAUGUCCAGAAACGAGUGCAAGCACUCCAGUUGUUUGUCCUGCGUCAAUCCUAUGCUCCUCUGGACUCUGAUGAGUCCCCCAUCGCCCUCUGGGCACCAGACACGGGCAUCUCUGGAAGGCCAGGCUUCUCACCGUCCAGGGGGUGGCCACCAGGAAGACGUUCCCUGGCCCCGAACGCUGAGAUAGUCGUUCGGAAUUGA